AUGCGUGCGCAGCUUGAUCGCGCGUAUCCUCCUCGAUCCCGCUUGAAACAGUGUAUAGUCUUCUAGGAGCUCAUGUCUCACAAUUUCUAGAGCUUUCAAAUUGAGCGGUGAACAGUUAGAAGCUAGAGUCAGAGCUCACGUGGACUAUCUGGAGCGACAUGUUGCAGCUGAGAUAGGCAAUAACGAGACUGCAAAGAUGGAUAUGCAUAUUCCUAUCGCUUACUGUGUUGGAAAUAUUAUUCAAGAUUUAGUGCUUGGGAAAUCGUAUCCGUACGGAGAUCCAGAGUUUGAUGGCUUGAAGCGUCUCAUCGACUCGACGCUUCACGAUGUAAAACACUGCUAUUGA